CACGAGUGUUGAAACGCUUCACUUCCUUCGCCUUGCAUCGUUGCUCCUGCUCGGGCGUAGGCCCGGAGUGGACCACCUCGCUUGCAAUAUGAAAGUUCAGGAUUAUUGGCUCCAUCCACGUUGUUCCAGCGUCCAGCUAGCACGCAGCUACGAGAUUAGAGCGGAAUACGAAUCGCGCCCACGUACCUCCUACUUGCGAAUGCCUCCGGCAAUCUUUUCUGCUCGACUGCUGCACUUCAUCUGAUACGCGCCUUCACUUCGACGAGUCCGCUUGACCAACACGCUUUGCUAGAACAACGGUUCUCAAGCGCAGUAAUCGAGCGCCGAUCCUGACGCGACUGCCACCCAAUUCGUUGCACCAGAAUACCGCGGGAAAUGCUGCGCCCAGUCGUGUGCUUGAUACUGGCACUCACGAGCUAUGUCGCCGCAGCAGAAUCGGGAACAGAGUCCGUGCCGCUCUUCAUCGACAACAUGAACCCCAAUGCCCAAUGGGCCGCUUCGAUCCAAAAUGCUUGCGAUGGCAGUACAACCUAUGUGGUGUCCAUGACUUCAGCUCCAUUUGGUAACGCGGGUCAGGUCGCAACAAUAACAGAAGGCAGCGAGUUCUUCCAGGUGACCAGCGCAGCGAUCUACUCCGAGACCAGCGCCACCAUGCACGAAUCUUGCACGCUGGACCCCGCAAAGUCAAGUGCUUCUUGCGUCGUCACCGUCGUGGAUGAUAAUUAUGGCCCUACUCCUCUGUCGAAGACAAUCAGCUACAACCUUACUGGCACUGGCUACUAUGAAUAUGACGUCCAAAUCACCGGCGGAGCCAAGCGCACCGCUAAUGGAGGUACUUGCCAAACAAGUGCAGCCCAGUUAUCGUUAACCUCUAGCCCAUCAGCAGUCGUGUUGUGCGGUUCGUUUCUGGCCGUGUGUGUCACUGGACUUCUUUGGAUGUGAUGGUUGCUGCCGAGGGCGAUUGCCACGAUACACGUUGAUUGUGCUUUCUGGGAGGGCCACGGGCGUUUGAGACAAGAUACCAGGGCGCAGUGGAAUUAUGAUGGGAUCCGGAACAGGUGCAAGUUGACAAGCUGUAUGACUCAAAUCAGCUUUUAUCGCAUGAAAGUGGUUCCCACGAUUCGCUAGGGAUGCCGACAGAGACUACGCCUUUACGAGUCCACGAACGGAAGCGUAAAUGUGGCCUCGUUGUCGCACUGGGCUGUCAAAAGGAGAGAACAGCGGAAGUAGGUCUUGUGGUCCGGUACCGUGAACAGUGGACCUCGAUCACAAAUCAUCAAUUGAUCUCGACUUUGUGUCCCCUUUCUGCUCCACUGCUAGUUGGGCGGUUGUACCUCUCCAGCCAGAUUCUCCGCACCAAGAACAUGAGAGGUAACGCUGCUCCCAGGCGUGCUGUGCGCAGAUAGACUUAUCCACAUCAGUCUCCUGAUGCCCCAAGUCUCGAGCUCUUCAACACCACCCCUUUGGUCGGCCAUGGAAGCAGACAGAUGCCGAGCGCGGCGGGAGUUGAAGACACGGACCGAGCAUUCCGUUUUUAUGUGGAUCCAAGGCACAUAGCACAGUACCUCCUAGGAGAAGACAGAUUCAUAAGCAGUGACAGGUGCGUCCUGUUCUCGCGAUUUUGCGUUUGAGAGUCGAGAUUCGUCCGAGCCGCGGGCAGCCUCCCCAUGCGCUCUUGGCCAUCAGAUUUCGGCAUCGAGGUUGGUCGUGUGCAGAGUCUGCAAAUGUACAAUGAUGUAAGUUGUUUGCGGCUCUACGGUCGACACGUGGGAUGGCAAAGGAAAGCGCGUGUGUCGACGGCUUGGGGCAACGUCGGCAUUCGGCAAGCAUUGAAUGACGUCGACCUGUCUCGCCUCUUCAUCGCGAAAUCGCAAAGCAGUCCAUCCUCCCAACCAGUAACAGACAGCAAAAUUCGGUGACGAAGAACGGAAAUCCUGCAAAUGCCUGCAUCGAUCGAGCACAAAAACGUGCAGUCAUUACCAAGCCCAAUCACAAGC